AAAUCCACCAAUUAACCAACUAAACUGAAAAUGGCGCUACAAAUCCACUGUCCUUCCUCUUUCACCACCAAACCCUAUCGUCUCCCUCUUCACUCCGCCACUAAAACCCAUUUCAGAAUCAAGUCCCAGAACCAAUUAGACCCACCGGAAUCCACCCUCAAGGUCACCGAGACCCCGGUCCAGCCCAAAAAGUCCACCUCACAGGGACUGGGGUUUGGUUCCUCUGCUUCGUCUCCGGCCAAAGAAAAUGAGGACCCUGUAAGUACUGCUACUGCUACUAAGAAGAAACGUAAGAGCAAACGAGAGAGAGCUUCGAUUAUUCGGCGGUCUCCGAUCGAAAAGCCGGCUUUUAGUACGGUGGAGGACGACGCAAAGGCCAAAGAAACGGGCAGAAAUGAGAGUGCUUUUCUCCUGACGUGGUUGGGGCUUGGUGUGAUCAUUCUUACUCAAGGCAUCAUUCUCUCUGCUUCGGGUUUUCUGCCAGAAGAGUGGGAUAAGUUCUUAGUUAAGUAUCUGUAUCCAACAUUUACUCCGACAGUUGGUUUGUUCGUCGCUGGAACAGUUACAUAUGGAGUGUUGAAGUACCUACAGAACGAGAAUCUUAAAAAAGAUCAGAAGUGAUCAUUUAUUUGACUACAUCUACAACUUUCAGGUAUAAGGAGAAAUCGGAUUACUUUGAAAUUAUGGACAUGCAAUACUACUCUUAGGCUGUACUUGUUGUGGCUUUCAUGCCAUAACGAGAUGAAUGUGAAAAUAUCAGAGCUUUUGCAUGGUAAUAGUCUAAUAGAUUUCGCCCUCAUUUUAUGAUUCUGAAAUUUCCAGUUAGAUAUAUUGCUCAGUUAUUAACUUUU